CUGUACAGCGCGGAGGUGCUCGACGAGAUAUGCUCUCUCAUCAGAGAGGCGGAGGCGGAGCACGGACGCGAGAUUUUUCUGGUGAGCGACGAGCCGUAUCGAAAGUUGCUGUACGAUGGUUUGGAAUAUCCGCACAUAUUCCAUCACCAUCAGCGAAGCAUCGUAGCCACAUCACACUCCAAGGAUCUCGCGCUGCCCGGCGAGCGCAUCGGUUAUAUUGCCGCGCAUCCCGACUACGAAGACAAGAGCGAACUGGCGGACGGGCUGGUGUUUUGCAAUCGGACGCUCGGCUUCGUGAACGCACCCGCACUGAUGCAGCACAUAGUCAGGGCGUUGCAAUCAGUGAGCGUGGACAUUGACGAGUACCAGAGAAAGCGCGAUUUCCUGUACGACAGUCUUACGCAGAUGGGUUACAACAUGGUCAAGCCUCAAGGUGCUUUCUACAUGUUCCCGGCGUCUCCCACGCCCGACGAUGUGGAAUUCGUCGCCGCGCUUCAGGAACACAAGGUGCUUGUCGUGCCAGGGAGAGGCUUCGGACUGCCUGGCUAUUUCCGCAUAUCUUACUGCUUGGACGACCACACUUUGGAAGGCGCGCUACCCGGCUUCGAGGCGGCGAUCGAGGCUUACCGCUAG